AUGAAGACGGAUAAUAAAGGUCAUGGUCAAAACUACUCCGCUUGUUCUUCUCCGUCGUCACUGACACCGACGGAGGAAACAACCAGCAAUCUUCUUCAUGAGCUGCAUCUUCCGUUCGAUUUGGUGGUAGAAAUACUCUGUAGACUCCCCGUGAAACACCUCCUUCAGCUCCGUUGCGUUUGUAAAUCAUGGAAUUCUCUUAUCGCCGGAGAUUCCAAGUUCGCCGAGAAGCACCUCCGCUUGUCAACCUCUAACCACGAACGGCACUACCUCAUCCGAAUCCCUAAGUUCACAAAGGAGUUGGUUGUAUGUAAUUCUCCAAUCUCCUCUGUCUUCAGCUCCACAUCAACUACUUGUGUCGAACAGUUCACCUACUUUAUAGGAGAGAUUGUUAUCAUAGGUGGAGCUUCCACUUGUGAUGGCAUCAUAUGUUUUAGGAUAAGUAAUUCUCUUGCUCUUUUGUGUAACCCUUCCAUUAGAAAAUACAAAAUAUUGCCUCCUUUGACAUUUCUACCCCAAUUAUUUACCUUAUAUACCUUAGUGUAUGAUCGUUUCACCAAUAAUUAUAAGAUUAUUGCUGUUAGCACGCAUAGUACAAAAAUAUAUGUCAAUAUUCAUACUUUGGGUACUGAUUAUUGGAGAAGGAUUCCGGACUUCCCCGCUCCUUUCCUUUUGCCUAAAUUGGGAAUAUUUAUGAGUGACUCUGUUAAUUGGUUGGCACAUGCUGAUGAUGCUCAUGCACUGUUCGUUGUAUCUCUUGAUUUUCGGAAAGACUCCUAUCAAAAGCUUUCACUUCCUGGUUUUGAUGUGCAAUCCACAACUUCUUCUAUGACCUUAGGGACAUUGAGGGGUUGUUUGUCCUUCCUCUAUCAAAGGGACAAGUUUUCUCAUAUUUGGAUUAUGAAGGAACAUGGUAAUGAAAAGUCUUGGACUAAAUUGUUAAUUGUUCCUCACAUGAAAGAAUGUGGGUUUUAUGGCUAUUCUAGAGCAUUAUAUAUUUCAAAGGAUGACCAAGUGCUGAUGGAGUUUCUCAAAAAUGGGAAAUGUAGUUUGGUGGUUUAUGAUUUCAUAAAUAAUACUUUUAAGAUUCCUAAAUUUCCAAACAACAUCCAUGGUAAGAUGAUGACACACGAAGUCUAUGUUGAGAGUUUGAUAUCACCUUUCUAG